AGUUCUGGAAAAGGAGCACUGCUCCAACCUCUUGACAGAGUGCUCAGCUCUGAAACCACCAAUAAUCACUAAUACGGGGAGACCCUGCAUUUGAAGAACUGUUUGGUGUUGGGUAUCAGUAGAACCAAUGAGAGAUAGGAAUUGCUAAGUAGCACCCACAUCCCUCCUCUGUGAGGAACAGCAGAAUUCCUUUUUAGGGGAAAACGGAUGGAUUUGCUGCAUUUAUUGAGCUGCUACCAAGAUGAUUUGCCCUGAAGAUUCAUUGUAUACUUGCCAGGACUCCACAUCUGUCCCAUAUCUGCUCCAGAGUUAGAUGUCUCUUUUGACAGACCAGGUUCCAUGAUGUACUGAUUCUAGGUUAUGGGCAAGUCAGAAAGUCAGAUGGAUAUAACUGAGAUGAACUCUCCAAAACAAAAGAAAAAACUGCGAUGGAGUGUGCUGGAAAUCGGGCUAACUGUUGUCGUCAUUCUACUUGCCAUUGUGGCCAUCACCAUGAUCACUCUAUACGCAACCUACGAUGAUGGCGUUUGUAAGUCUUCCGAUUGUAUAACAUCAGCUGCCCGUAUCAUUGAGAACAUGGAUACCACAGCAGAACCUUGCACUAACUUCUAUCAGUAUGCCUGUGGAGGAUGGUUGAAGAAGAACAUCAUUCCUGAGACAAGUUCCCGUUAUAGUAACUUUGACAUUUUAAGAGAUGAAUUAGAAGUUGUCUUGAAAGAUGUCCUCGAAAAGGAAAACAGUGGUGAUAUAGAAGCUGUUAAGAAAGCAAAAACACUCUACAGAUCUUGUAUAAAUGAAACUGCCAUUGAUAGCAGAGGAGGUAAACCACUCAUUGACAUAUUACCAACUUUUUCGGAUUGGCCAGUAGCAUCAGACAACUGGGACCUUGAUUAUGGCACCACGUGGGCAGCUGAAAAAUCUAUUGCGGAGCUAACCUCUCAGUAUGGGAAAAGGGUCGUCAUUAACUUUUUUGUUGGUACAGAUGAUAAAAACUCCACACAGCAUAUCAUUCAUAUUGAUCAGCCUUCACUUGGACUCCCUUCCCGUGACUACUAUGAAUGCACUGGAGUAUACAAAGAGGCAUGCUCAGCCUAUGUUGAUUUUAUGAUUUCAGUAGCAAAACUGGUCCGCCGGGAAAGAAAUCUUACUAUCGAUGAGAGCCUAAUUUCUACAGAAAUGAGGAGAAUAAUGGAUCUGGAGACAGAGAUUGCAAAUGCUACAACCAAAGCUGAUGACAGAAAUGACCCACUUCUGCUGUACAACAAAAUGACACUCAGUGAUGUCCAAAAAAAUUUCUCCUUGGAAAUCAAUAAAAAGCAAUUCAACUGGGCGACCUUCAUAAAUAACAUAAUGUCAUCAGUAGGAAUUAACAUUCAAGAUACAGAAAAUGUGAUUGUUUAUGCUCCAGAAUAUCUAACCAAAUUGAAAUCUGUCAUUAGUAAAUACACUGCUAGAGAAAUUCAGAACUACAUGAGCUGGCGAUACAUAAUGGAUAUGGUAAACAGUCUAAGCCGCGAUUAUAAGGACACAAGGAGUAAUUUCCGUAAGGUGCUGUACGGCACAACCUCAGACACUGCUAUUUGGCGCCGCUGUGCAAAUUACGUCAAUGGCAACAUGGAGAAUGCUGUAGGGAGGCUGUAUGUUGCAGAAGCAUUUGCUGGAGAGAGUAAACACAUGGUACAAGAGAUGAUUGCACAAAUCCGUGAGGUAUUUAUACACACACUGGAAGAACUCACUUGGAUGGAUGCUGAAACUAAAAAGAAAGCAGAAGAAAAGGCAACAGCAAUUAAAGAAAGAAUUGGCUACCCUGAUGAGAUCAUGACAGACACUGCAAAGCUGAAUGCAGAAUACAAAGAUUUGAACUACAAUGAAGAAGAAUACUUUGAGAACAUGAUUGAGAACUUAAAAUUCACCCAGAAGGAAAGGCUGAAAAAGCUGAGAGAAAAAGUAGACAAGGAAGAGUGGAUAAGUGGAGCUGCUGUCGUCAAUGCCUUUUAUUCAGCAAACAGGAAUCAAAUUGUCUUUCCUGCAGGCAUUUUGCAACCACCCUUCUUCAGUGCAUCCCAGCCGCAGUCCUUGAAUUACGGUGGCAUUGGCAUGGUCAUUGGUCAUGAAAUCACACACGGCUUUGAUGACAAUGGUAGAAAUUUUAAUGAGAAUGGAGACCUUGUAGACUGGUGGAGUCAAGAAUCUGCGAAAAAUUUCAAGACACAAUCUGAGUGCAUGGUAUACCAGUAUGGAAACUUCUCAUGGGAUCUGGCUGGUGGGCAACAUCUCAGUGGAAUCAAUACCCUUGGUGAAAACAUUGCUGAUAAUGGUGGCAUUAGACAAGCAUAUAGGGCCUAUCGAAACCAUAUCAAAAAGAGUGGAGAAGAGAAACUGCUUCCUGGAAUAGACUUCAACCAUAAGCAGUUGUUCUUUCUGAACUUUGCACAGAUAUGGUGCGGAACCUACAGGCCAGAAUAUGCUGUCAACUCUAUUAAAACAGAUGUGCACAGCCCAGGCAAAUUCAGGGUCUUGGGAACACUACAGAACACCCAAGAGUUUUCUGAAGCCUUUAAAUGUACCAAUACACAAUACAUGGAUCCUAUGAAGAAGUGCCGAGUUUGGUGACAGAACUACAGGCAGCGACACCCAAGAAACACAAGCUUUCCAGGAACCUGGUAUACUUUUUGGGUGGCAGCGGGAAUGAAGUGGCUGCAAAAGGAACAAUUAAGAAAAACCCGUAAAGUGCAUUAACACAACACCUUCUCCAGGAAAGAAAAAGGAAGACAUUCAGCAACUGCUAACAGCUCCCCAUGCUAAACUCGGGAAAUGCUACAUGGUUGCAUACAUAUGGCUUCUUUAUUUCUCAGUAUCAUGUAGCUUUAAUUAUGAUUUCUAGUCAGUCUGCAGAUUUUGUUUCAGCCAGUCCAUCAAGAUUGCCUUGAAAACACGUUCCCUGUAUGCAAGCAUGCUCAGCCUUAACAGAUUAUCCUGAUGUGCAUAACCAGAGAAAAUAAGAAAAUGUCAAGGAACACCAAUUGCUUGGACACGGGAAGCAACAAACCGAGCAUUUGCAGCAGGAGUGUGAGAUUCUGCAUCAACUCUAAUUAUGGCUCAUGUUUCAUCAAGUGCUUGUUUUUCACAGAUGGCAUUCAGAACGGUAAGGCCCAGAUGAAAGAGAAGCCUGUAAAGGACCUACGCUCCUAGCUGUAGUGGCAAGCAGCCAAUCACAUAUAAGAACUGAUGGCUCGAAAUGGAAUGGUUCUCCCCGUUCACAAUCCAAAGAUGUACAGGAUCAGCAGAGUACUAAUAAGUAUUGCCAUACAGUUUGGGACGUGCAAUCAGAUGCAAUCCCAUUUCUUGCAGGACCAGUGUCAUGUGACUGGCAUUGGCCCACUGCUGGAUGAAGGCAAUGCCACUGAGAAGGCCUUCUUCACGUCUUGCUGCUUCUGCUUUUGUUAUCUUAAUUGGAGACAGCUAGCAUGGCUAGCUGUUUCUCCUUCUGAUUCCAUCACGUGCCACGUAUGAGAUUCCAAUUUCUGCCAGCUGUAUGUCCUAUGUCCUCAGACUCCCUCUUGAGGCUUUGCCUGCUUCUUUUUUUCAAUCCGAACCUCUUUUUAUGAGAACAAUCCAAAGACAAAUUAUAAUCUAUUUAAGGGAUUAACACUUAACCAAAUGUAUUGUUUACUGCUUUCCAGCCAAAAUGACACUGUAAAUAAUUUAUUAAUGUUUUUAGCAUAUAUUGUAAUCAGGGCUGUUGUAAUCAAAAACCUCUCUGUGUGUUUUCUAAGAUUCUUCUGCAGUUCUAAGAUUAUUAUCUCAAAUUGAGGGGGGUGGGGAAUGUGGCUUUUUUGAAUGAAAACAAAAGUGUUUGCAAUAAUAUAUAAGAUCAUACUUUUUAUAUUUAAUUCUGAACUAUACCAGACAUGAAUUGUUAACUAUUACUCCAACAGCUGCCUAUCUUUGGAGAGUCAGGAUCACUCAAAAGGCAGUUCUCAGUACAGAGAUCUAUACAAACUAAGAGACUGAUUUUGGAAAGAAACUCGUAAAGGCCAGUUCUACCAAUCCUGGGAUCUAGACACCUAAUGCAAAUGCUGUUUAUAAUUUGAAUCAGCAAGACUCUUUGCUUCAGAAAUAAUGUUAUAAUUGUAGUCAUUUGCAUAUCUGGACUCUUGCUAGGAGAAAAAAACUUUUAAUUCUGAAUUCUUUUUAAUUCAAAUACUUUUGACAUGCCCCCCCGUAAGUGGUGACAGAGGUACUGAAUCACAAAAUUUCCAAACAAAUAAAUACCAGAUACCUCA